AUGGACUCAUCAAAUUGGGCGGUUGCCGAACAUCCGGUCCACCCCGCGCCCGAAGAUGACUUCCAGCAGUUCCUAGACAUGAACGGGAUGGGAAAUCUGGCCGAUGGGAUGAACUAUGGCUUCCAAGACUUCCAAUCGUCCCCAGCUCCUCAACUGCUGCAGCCCAGAGAGCAAAUGGACAUUCCUAUGAGCGGCACCGAGGCACCGAUCCUCCUCUCCCCAGCCGUUCCGGCCAUGCAACAACGUCAUAUGCCUUCCAUCACGAGUUCUGCGCCUUAUCAAACCACACCGACCACCAUGAUGCCACCUCCUAGCCCAAACGAAGCCAUUGUAGAUACCAUCGACGCGCAGAUCCAGUUUCUCCAACAGCAAAAGAUGCGGCACCAGCAGAGGCAUAUCGAGGAACAACAGGUCGCCUUUUUCACCCGCCAGCAAAACCGCAUGGUCCCCCCAACGCCACAAAGUCUGGAGCUCCAAGCUGGGACAAAUCACUAUUAUCCCCAAUCAAGUGCACCAGAGCAACAACCCCAGCAGCCUAUGGAAUACCGGUACCAGAAACUCAAGGACCAGGCGGACAUGUCGUUUACCCCAUUGGUGUCCCCUGCGGUUACGCCGCUCGAUACACACUUCUCGGUCGAUUCGCAGUUCGGGGUUUCUGGGGCCUACUUCAGUCCCUUGACCUCACCAGCUCUCCAUGCGCAGAGCGACCCCUUAGCCAUGUUUGAUCAGAUGCACAGCGUUACAACCACGAAUUCGCCCGGCGAGAUGGACCUAGAUUCAUCGGCGGCCCCCGCAGUCCCGAAUACAACACCAGGCGACCUAGCCAAGAAGAUGCGAAAGAACGCGGCAAAAGCGAGAGCGAAGUCUGGGGUCAAGCAAUCGCCGAUUUCUAAACCUCUGCGCAGGCGGACGACAACGACUCCUAGCCUAAAUGCCCAGGUACUAAGUGAGCUGGCUGAAAGUGUGGAACAAACACAAGACGCUCAGCUUCUCCCCACGCCCAUGAUGCAACAACACACGCAGUCCGCGGCCGGGGUGACAGAUUCUGAGGAUUCGGUCUCUCCCGAGGCGCUUAACGAGUCAACGCCAACUGAGAUGCCCCCACCCCCAGUACCAAAAUCGAGAUCUGCCAAACCCUCGCCGUAUAUGGCCCCGCAGGCGAGCUCAGUUCCGAAUUCUCUCCAACCGCCACGCGCGGGUCUCGCAUCACCCGCCACACCGGCUUCAUUGAUGAAGCUGAGUUCACCAAGUACUCGCGACACGGGUGGGAAGGCCGACAGUCAGGAGGUGGUCGACACAGAGCAGAUCGAGACGUUUGAGCUCCCAGAGUCAGCAAAUUUCCUAAACAAUAAGGCUUCUACCCCUAGCGAUGCCCCCACGCCAACGCAAACACCUCGGGAGCCUAGCUCAUCCAAAACUCCUUCUCUGGCGCCCCUUCCUUCGCCGUCGCUCGCGAAAGCCCCAUCUACCUCCUCAGCGACCCAAAGUCCACAACUACUCGCCGGGUCAGGGUUCGGUGCCCGAAAAACACCCCAACUUCUUCCGAGAGGCAGCAAGAAGCGAGGCAGCGUGAGCUCGAUUCCUGUCUCGCCCGCCCUACGGCCCAAGAUCUCACCCAGCAUCAAACCACUUCUUCCGGGUGGGCCAGACGUUGAGGAAGCUGCGUCACACCUACUCGCCACCAAAUCUAACUACCAGCGCAUCCUCGAGGGCAACACGCUGCCCGGUGUGUCGUAUCCGAGCGAGCUAUCGACCAACCUCACAUCGAAACGCACGUCCCACAAGAUUGCCGAGCAAGGGCGUCGGAAUAGGAUCAACUCGGCGCUGCAAGAGAUUGCGACACUACUACCUCGGCCGCCGAAGGAUAGCGAGAGCGAAGUGAGCGACUCUAAGAAAGGCAAGGACGGCGGUAACGGUGGGGGUGCAAAUAGCAGUUCUGCGCCGAAUAGUAAGGCCAGUACUGUGGAGAUGGCAAUUGAAUAUAUCAAGCAGUUGCAGCAGGAGGUGGCGGAUGCGAAUCGACGGGCGGAGGAGGCAGAGAAGAAGCUUGAAAUGAGAACUGGGGACAGCAAGGUGGAGGGUUAA